CUCAGGUCCCAUUUUAUAAUUCUCCGCACUCCCGUUCGAACGCUCCACCUUGCUGCCCUGCGCCGUCGCCUUAUUCUGUGUGAGACACAGCUAUUUCGAAAGCCUGUGAUCUCCAACUUAGGUCUUGGAUCGAAUAUGUAGGACGGCUCUUCUAUUUGUGCUUAAUACUGGAUGUCGUCUGGCCUUGAUCUUGCUGUCACUACAUUCUACCCGACUGCAGGCGGCGGAGUUCCCCCAAGGGAAAAUCGAACAUGGACGACCAUCCCGAUAACGCGGCACUGCCUGUGUCCAACAGACCAGAGACAAUCAUAGGCGUUACGAUAACAUUUCUGGGAGUCGCAUGCGCCGCCAUCAGUCUACGACUAUAUGUCCGGUUCAAGAACAGGCUCUGGGGAUGGGACGAUCUGUUUGUCUUUCUGGCUGGCGUAUCCGCCACGGUUGGAUCAAGCCUCACGUGUCUGAUGCCUUCAGACGGUUUGGGAAAGCACUUCUGGACGCUGGAUGCACAUACCGUCAUGCAAUACUUCAAAAUGAUUUGGGCCACUAACGUUACGUACUCCACCAGCACGACCUUCAUCAAGCUCGCAAUCCUCUUCCAAUAUCUCCGGCUCUUUGAGAAGCAAAACCGCAUCGCGCAACGGCUUACUUGGUCCCUUAUUACCUUCACAACCCUUUGGGGGCUAACCUUCACUCUGCUCGCGCUAUUCUCUUGCACUCCCGUCGCUAAGAACUGGAACUUCAACCUUGACGGCAAAUGCGUCGCCUGGGGCAGCAAAGACCCCGACGUCUUCUUCGCAAGCUGGAUCGCACAUAGCUGCAGUAACGUGCUUUUGGAUAUCUUGGUGCUGGUACUUCCGAUACCAUUUAUCUAUCAGUUAAGGAUGAGCGGCAAGACAAGAAUCGGUCUUAUCACCCUCUUUUCCAUGGGUGGGAUCGCCGUAACCCUAUCAAUAGCUCGCGUUGUUGCCCUCUCUAUUCGCCGCGUCGGCACAGUUCCUGUUUUCGACCCAACCUACGCCACGCCUACAGUAUAUAUCUUCUCCGUGCUCGAGAUCAACGUCGCCAUCCUUUGCGCCUCAAUCCCUAUAUUCUGGCCUCUCGUUACCUCCCUCGCCGCCAACAAGAUCCUCAUCGUCAACGAAGUCGAAAUCCGCACCGAGCGCCGCAGCGAGAACAUCGCCCUCGCAGAGCAAGGCAGCGGCACCGCCGGCUUCACCGGCAUCCCGGACCUGGACAUGGACACCGACGGACGGACGAGCAGAAUGAGCAUCAUAACAGGCAAACUCGACGAAGACAAUUUCACGCGCAAAAGCCCACGCCGCACACGUUCAACCUCGCGCCAACGCCACGGACACCAGGUCUCUAUUACAUCGAUUCGCGGGCCCGGCCGCGCCUCCGAAGACUCGCAGCGCAACCUCAAGCUGUCCCACCAGACGUCCAACAACUCCUUUUCUUCUGCGUCGCCGCCCGAUGCGCGCGGGCCGUUGGAGCAUAGUCGGAACCACAGUGUGACGCAUUACCAGGAUAAGUACAUGCAGAAUUGGGCGGUGCCGGAUUUUGACAGGGGAGCGACGGGAGCGGGAAGAGGACCUACGUAUACGACGACGGUGGAAAGGGCGGAGAUUCCGUAUGAUCAUAUUAGGGCGCUAGAGAAAUAAGCAGUGGGGUGGGGUGGUAUGAUACCCGUACAUUAAAGCUUAUACAAUGGUCGCUUCAUGGCACAUUUGG